CUCGGCUUGCAGUGAUACCACAUGUCCUGACUCCUUCAUCAGCCCCAGAUUUCAGGUCCAAUCCCCCACCCUUCUGUCUCUGAAGAUGGCUGAAAUACCUCCUCUUCCAAGCAGCCUUCCAGGAUUAUGAGAAGAGGCCUGGGGGGGCCAUGUCCCACAUCCCAUGGCUCCAGUGGAACGAGGCUCCGCCACGGCUGUCGUCUCGGAGUCCGGCUGAGAUGGUGCCGGAGACGCUCAUGGUGGAGCUGGAGGGGCAGAUGCGAGAGGCUGAGAGGCAACAGUGGGGGCGCAGCAACGCCGCCCGGAAGAUCCACACUGGAGUGGACUACAGCUGGCUGGCCAGCGCGCCCCGGCCCACCUACGACCUCAGCCCCGGGGAGAGGCUGCAACUAGAGGGCGUCUGCGCCAAGAUCCACCCAUCCUACUGUGGGCCCGCCAUCCUCAGGUUCCGGCAGCUGAUGGCAGAGCAGGAGCCCGAGGUGCAGGAGGUGUCCCGGCUCUUCCGCUCGGUGCUACAGGAAGUCCUGGAGAGGAUGAAGCAGGAGGAGGCGGCGCACAAGCUGACCCGGCAGUGGAGCCUGCGGCCCCGCGGCAGCCUGGCCACCUUCAGGAGCCGCGCGCGCAUCACGCCCUUCGCCAGCGACAUCCGCACCAUCUCCCAGGACGUGGAGCGGGACGCGCCGCCGCCGCCCCGGACCUGGAGCAUGCCCGAGUUCCGCGCACAAAAAGAGGACUGA